GCGACCGGCGAACAGCGCGGCGGAGUCUCAGCUCUCCUAGGCGACCGGCCCGGCUGCGUGUGUGCGUGCGUUCGCGUCGUGUCAUCCCCGCACGCGUUCCGGUCGAAACGGCGUGGCACGCGCUAAAUAAACUCCAGUCGUCGUCCCCCUCCUCUCCCACUGCUCCCUGAAGACUUCGUUGAAAGCGAGCAAGAAGGAACUUCUCGUCAACGCGGGAGGUCCUCUUUAAACUUUCUCCACUGCCCUGCAGCUGCCUUGUCUCAGUUCAUCGCGGCAGCUGGCCGUUUUGCCCGCGGGACUUUUUUCUUUUUUUCUUAGCCACUGCUGACGUUUCUAUUUCGAAGCACCAUCCGACGUGUGUUCCCAGACACGAACGAAAGUCUUGUUUCGCUUCGCACAAAGCGAUGUAGCGUUAAUUUCUCGCACCGGCUUCGUAGGAGUUGUUCGGCUCCUUCUCUCAACUACACCUCCUCUAUUUUUUUUUGUCUGUUCUCUUCGUUUGUGAUAUGGAAGACCAGACGACCAAACUUUGUUCCUGACCCGCCUGCUGCAAGAACAAAGCGUGUGCGCACGUGACUCUUCAUUGUCACCGGCUCACUUUGUACUUGUGCACAGCGGAUAGCUGCGACGGCCUCAACAGCGCACGAAGAGCUUCUGCCGGCUGCUGAUCCUCGAGCUGUUUGGGCAUGACCGGAUGUUGGGCGCCUCGUUGCUGGUGUCGUUGCACUAGGCGCCAUGUGGUCUCCCCGCUGGCCUCAUCGUGCCCCUCGCGGACACUCUGCAGGCGCCCUACCGAUCACGUAGCUGGUCAUCUCUGAAGAGCCGUUGCUUAUCCGGACGACAAAAAAAGAGAAAGAGAAGGGUAUAGGCCGGCGCCACACAGCUCCUCGCGAAAGCAGCUGCUGCUCCGUCCGACGACCGUCCGGCCAACGGUUAAACAGCCCUGCUUGUCACUAUGAGUGGAGGCUACCGGGUGUCCGUCACACUGCUCCUGUCAGCAUGCCUGCUGCCCUGGUUCAGUUCGAGUGCACACGGCUCGCGCACCGAGCGCGUGUUUGCCCAGCUGAAAGCACUGCGUGAGUGUGAGCAACGGGCCCUGUUUGACGCCGGCGACAACGACACUGCAUCGUGCGACUGGCGAUUCGACGGUUGGCAGUGCUGGCCACCGACGCCGCUCGGAGCCACGGCCCGCGCAGCCUGCCCGGACCUGUUGCCUGGUGAAGUGAACGCCACUGGGACGGCGAAAUACCGGUGCCUGGCUAAUGGUUCAUGGAACGGUGAAACAGGCAACUACAGCGCCUGCACAAGCUCGCCUUAUCACGAGACGGAGCUGACGUUGCUGCGUGCCAUCGCUAACGACAUCGGCGAGUACGUUCCCUGGGAGCAAGUCUCAGCGCGCGGCGAGAACUGGAUGUGGCAGGAGAAGAUCGGCCACUUCAAGCACUGCCUCGAGAAGGUGCUGCUCAAGCCUCCCGCGGAGAACGACGAAAACCAGACACUGUGUCCCCGCACUUGGGAUGGCUGGAACUGCUGGGACGACACGCCUCCCGGUCGGACAGUACACGCGCCUUGUCCUCAGUUUGUGGCUGGGUUUCUGUCAACUAGGCAAGCGCACAAAUCGUGUACUACGAAUGGCACAUGGUUCCGUCACCCUGUCACGGGACUGGUCUGGUCCAAUUACACAGCAUGUGUGGAUACUCAGGACUUGCAGUUUCGAAACUUGGUGAAUUCAUUAUACGUCGCAGGAUACUCAAUAUCACUUGUCGCACUUCUGUUGUCCAUGAUCAUAUUCUGUUACUUCAGGUCGCUUCGUUGUCGAAGGAUCACAAUCCACAAAAACUUGUUCACAUCGUUCAUUGUCAACAACCUGUGUUGGAUACUGUGGUACAUUCACAUCAUCGCACAGCCGCACGUGAUCGCAGAAAAUCCGAACUGGUGCCAAGCGCUGCACGUGGUGACGCAGUACUUCUUGUUGUGCAACUACCUGUGGAUGUUCUGCGAAGGCCUGUACCUGCACACGCUUUUAGUGCUCGCCUUCAUCGCGGAGGACAAGAUCCUCAAGUGGUUCCUGCUCAUCGGCUGGGGUUUUCCUUUGCUUCCAAUAAUCGCCUACACUGUUUUGAGAUCCUUGGAUCCAGAAGCGUCAAAAAUGUGCUGGGUCGAGCAUGACGUGUGGUAUACGUACAUACUCAGUGUUCCUGUUUGCUUCUCUAUACUGCUGAGCUUUGCAUUCCUCGUCAACAUUGUCAGGGUCCUGGUCACAAAGCUUCGAGCCGUGAAUUCUCCUGACAAUGAAAGCACAAGAAAAGCUGUGCGAGCAACUGUGAUCUUGCUUCCACUUUUGGGUUUGCACUACGUGUUGACUCCAUUCAGACCAGACAAAGGCGCCAUACUGCUCGCCUACGAGGUCAUAUCGGCGCUGGUCACAUCGUUACAGGGUCUUUGCGUCGCACUUCUGUUUUGCUUCUUCAAUGGAGAGGUUUUGGGCGUUCUGCGGAAAAUGUUGUCGCAAACGCCGUGGUUCAGAAACGAGGGCCGCCGGAUGUCAUACGCGAAUACCAGCAUCAGUCCCCGUUAUCACUGCUUGCACCCCAAUUUUUCCUUACCCCGAGUUCAAGCCCCUUCCCACUCAAGUGAGGCGCAUUUCCUUUCCAUAGUACCUACCAUAGGGUACACAUUCAAUGUUGUUAGAAGAGUGCGCUAUGAAUAGCUUUCUGUGCUGAUUUUCUGGCUUGUCGACAGACGUAGUUAACGCUGUGACUUUCAGAGUGUUGCCUUGAUGCCCCUGCCAUUCCUGUGCAAAAUUUGCACUUGAGAGCAUAAAAGUGCCUAAUCGCCCGUUAACCUAUUACGCGCCCGUAGCGUUGAAACGGCUUCAGUAGAGCUACCGGCAAAAUCUGUACGAGGCAUCUUGAAAUCAUAAUGAUGUCGAAAUUAUGUGAGGUCGCCUAGCAGAACAAACGUUAUUCGAUGUAAAGCCUCCCACUAAGGUUCAGUGGUAUUUAAUAAAGUGUUCACGUUUUGUGAACUCACAGCUUCUGGCCCCAACCUUGCUUGAACGUACUGCCUCUCUCGCCCCCCCCCCUCACCCUUUUAUCUUCUGUUGGUCUUCGCGGCUACUGGUUUGCUUAAAUAUAAUCUUAUUCUCAAUAAAUUGUGACAGAUUUGAGGAAGUAAGCGUGGCUGACCUCUACGAGUUAAACAGUUUGCCAUCGGGUGCUUACUACUACCGUACUCCAUAUAUCUCAUCUCUUGAAAGUACCAGUAGAGUACUCAGAGAAGGCAUCUCUAACGUCACGUCAUUUUUUGCUUCAAUGUGGCAAGGGUUCAAGGCAACGUGUCCUUUACGUGUCGUGGACCCUCGUUAACGCAUAUUCACAGAACGGAAACUUAAAAAGUCUGUGUAAUUUGAACAGCCCAAGGUUCAAGAAUAGCAACCCUAAGUUACGUAAAAGAAGUAGUAAAGAUAGUAUAUAUUUUGGCAUAAACCUGCAGCGCUGACAAAUUAACCACACUGACGUUCGCAUGGACAGCCGAGCCAACAUGAAAGAUACCCUUAGCGAUGCGCGUAAUUGUUAUAAUAUGUUUGAGCAUGGAUGAGUGUUGGAUCAAAUGACACGGGGGCUGUUUUUAGGACGUUUCUUAGGGCGCGGUAUAUCUGAUGAAAAUCGCUACGUUGUGCGAAGCUGGGCAUAAAUUAGGAACACAGAACAACUAGAUAUCAUACUCAAAGCAGACAUGGAAAUUUUUCACGUAUGCUGCUCCUCGAAUACAAGUCAACCAGUCAAGCAGCAGUGCAUCCGUUUGCAGGACAUGAGAAGUGCCAUUUGGCUACAACAUUGGGUUUCGAUCAAGCGGAACGCAGUUUAGAGAUAUAAAAUUAUGCUAUAACGAGGGUCUACAGCGUGUGCAUGUGUUCUGUAAACACAGCGUACCAGUGUGAUAUAUGUACAGGGUGUGUAGAUUGUACUCCAGUUAACGAACGUUCUGUUGUAUGUGAAAGUCAUUGACAUCGUCCUCGUUGCAGAAUCCUACCACUGCAGUGUGCCAAAUAUCUAGAUUAGUUGUGUUGUGUUGUAAACACCGUGUCACCAUGCGCGUUUCAUUGUGAAUCAUAAUAGCCGCCAGUACUGGCUGUGUAUCAUCAUGUACGAGUCGUACAACUUGGACCAAUUGGUACCUGCGCAAGAAAAACGACAUCAUUGCGGAAAGUUGUGUACAUUUCAAAUAACACUGCUGCGUAUCGGAUGUACGAGCACCACGCCAACAGGCCAAUGUAGAAGCCUGAAAUAAAUUGAUUGUUCGGAGUUGUCUGGAGUAUUCGCUGUGUGAUUGCGCAUUUUUUCGGCCGCUUUUAAUGAACUUGCGAGUGUGUGCCAACUU